GCUUGAGGAUUUGUACCGUCUGUCUGGUAAAGAGUUCCUGAAAGAUCUGCACCUCAGAGAUCUUCUGGUCUUCAGUGCAAAAAUGGAUUUCCACGAUCAUUACCUGUAUAAGGCGGGGCACAUCAUCCUGCAGGACAAGGCCAGCUGCCUCCCCGCUCACCUCCUCGACCCGCCGGUCGGAGCUCACGUGAUCGACGCCUGUGCAGCUCCUGGGAAUAAAAGCAGCCACCUCGCUGCCAUCAUGAAAAAUAAAGGAAAACUCUUCGCCUUUGACCUGGAUGCGAAGCGUCUGUCCACCAUGAGCACGCUGCUGCUCCGCGCCGGGGUCACAUUUCAGCAGCUGGCCAAUGAGGAUUUUCUCAAAGUGGAUCCGCUUUGCCCGGCGUACAAGGACGUGACGCACAUCCUGCUGGACCCGUCGUGCAGCGGAUCAGGGAUGCUGUGCCUGUCGGACGGCGGCUCCGAGGAGCAGCGGCGGGACCCCGAGCGUCUGCAGGCGCUGGCUGCGUUUCAGCUGCGCUGUCUGAACCACGCCCUGCGGUUCCCGCGGCUGCAGCGGCUCGUCUACUCCACCUGCUCCGUCCACCGGGAGGAGAACGAGGAGGUCGUGUCGGCGUGUCUACAGAAUAAUCCAGCGUUCGGACUGGUCCGUCUCCUUCCCGAGUGGCCUGAACGGGGUCUGGAGCCACUGGCGCAGUGUUUGCGUGCCAGCGUCACGAAGACGUUAACUCACGGGUUCUUCGUAGCCAUGCUGAAGCUGCGGCUACAAACACCAGGUUCUUCCAUGGAGCUGAGCUCUAGGGUGACGCCUCCUGCUCAGGAGGAGCGAGCGGAGACCUCUGUGGAGGACCAACCGCCCCCAGCAAAGAAGAAAAAGAGGAACAGAAAGAAACCCAAAAAGCAAGGAACCUAAAAUGUGGUUUGAUUCCGAGGACGCUGGCAGCGGUGUGAUGCACGACUGGUUAUGUGAAAACUAUAUAUGAGAGACAGAACUGCUGGAUCUUUCAGUGGCUGUUAAAUAAAUGUUUUUAUUUUA